AUGCAAAUACUUCGCAUCGCCCAGCUCAUGGCCCUGCUCGCCACCUGUGCCAGCGCCCUUCCCACCUCCACCGGCUCCAGAGUUUACAGCCGCGAUGUGGACCAAACCCAGGGAGGCUUCUCUGGCAGUCCCACUACCAACAGUCCCGACAGCGUUGCUGAGACUGGCAGACUCGAGGCACGCUCCGGUGGUAGCAGCAGCACAGAAACAGAGAAGGAGAGAAAAAAACGUAUAAAAGCGGAACAAAACGCAAGGAUCCGCCAGGAGGAGAUUAAUAGGAAACCAUACCAGUGCCCUUACUGCAGCGAUCCUACAGUUUUCUCGCAUUCGGAUGCGCUGGGGAGACAUAUAUACACAAUUCACCGAGGCAUGCCUAUUUACAAUGCCAAAGACCCCCGGAAGACUGCCAUUCCGUACAAUCCACCAGGACGUAGUACAAGUAUCUUCGGCAGCGAGCCAUUCUGA